AUGGCGCCCCCUACAUUUAUGACGCAAGGGAAAUACAUACAACUACUCAGCUUGGCAAAAAAAUUGCAUGCCUGCAAAAAUGAGUUACUUCGUUACAAGAGGGGGGAGACGAGUGCCACUGCUGCUACCUGCAUCACUCCCAUGGGGGGCAGUCACACUGGUCUGUCAAUCGCCACACAAAGCAACCCUACAAAAAUGGAGAGACGCCUUCCGAAGGGAGAAUUCUACACGACGAGCGAAAAACGGAACAGCAUCAAAUCUGUAUCGAGUGAACCCACACUCAGGACCACAAAACGGAGUGCAACACCUCAACCGGGUAGAAAAAAAAGGCAGAGUGACCCAACCCCACUUAGGACAAGCUUCACCAAGGAGAGAAUCGCAAACGCGCACAAAAUAAAAGAUGAAUACGAACUACACAUAGGACAGCUAGCCAAAGGAACAACCCGUGGUGAAUACAAAGCAAAGAAGAAAAAAAAAAAAAAAUUAAAAAGCAAGACACAAGUUUUGCCCCACAACAAAGGAACACAGAAGAGUAGAAAAAAAAAAAAAAAAACUUUUUGCACGCUCCCCAAACAUGAAGUCAGCAAAAGGAUCACCAACAUAGCUAGGUGCAGCAAGAAGUGGGUUCUUCACAAGCAAGAGGAAAAUGCCGAGUACACAUUUCGGAGCCCACACGGUGCGCCUCACCUAACCGCUUGGGAAGGGGCACGCAACAGUGGAGAAAAUGAAAUUGUUCCCGUCCGGGUAGAAACGAAACUGCAGAUGUCACCGCUCCUACACACAAGUCAGGUGAUGGAAGACCCCCCAGUGAUUGCGUCCAUGCGGAACAACUCCUCAAGAAAGAACAACUCAACUGCUUUAUCCACACAGAGAGGAAAGCAACCACGUACCAAACCUAGUAAAAGUGAAAAAACAUCGAGUGAAGGAACCCACCCUGCCCAUGCCACUAACAAACGACAUAAUGAAUCUGCCCCAAAGAAAGAAGGCCCAUUCUCCAAAGGGGCACAAAUUUCCAGGAGGAUUACAAAACGGAAGAGACAAAACGUAACGAGGAAGACCGCUCCGAAGCGGAGCAUCCUGCACGCUCCCCCCACUCAACAGCGUGGUCAUGACUAUCAGGAGGGAGAGAAGCAAAGCGCCAACCAAAAAACCGUGAAGGAAUUUAUAAAGGCGUUGAACAACUCCAGUGUUAUCAUUUGCACGAAGGGGCAUAAGACGCGACCGAAGCGGAGCAGGCGAAAAUGCCUUCACACCAAGGUUUGA